GUUGUGUGGGUGUUGUUUUUUUGUUUGUUUGUUUUUUAGCAAAUGGGUACUUCCCAGAGACAUGCAUCAUUUUCAUUUGGGGAAAGAAGUCUGCUUUAUAGGCAAAUAGAUUUGCUCAAUUGCCUGUGCUGUGUCCAUAUUUUUUCUUCCACUCUUAGUGAUUUAGUGAUUUUGCUAUUUAUUAUUUCCUUGUUGUUCUGAAAUAAAAUAUUCAUAAUGUAUGCUCUCUUUUUUGUUUUAUUUCGAUUUCCUGAUUUGUUUAUUUUAUUUUCACUUAUGGGCUAAUAUUUAGUCUACUGUUGUAAUGUAUUUUUAAUAUAUUUAGUAUAUUUAAUAAUACUUUUUUUGCUUGUAUUUCCUCAACUGUAAGUCACUUUUUUGGAUAAAAGCAUCUGCUAAAUGAAUCAAUGCAAAAUGUAUAGAAAUAUCUAAGUGCAUAUUGAGUGACAAUGUCUAUGAAGAUUAAAAUGCAAAGUGUGAUCAUUAGCACCAUUCCUUUCAUUUUCAUUGGCAGGUUAUUUCAAUCAUUCCGACAUAACAUUGUUUUUUCCCCCCUAAAGUUCUCCAGUUAUGUGCGUUUUAAAAGACAGAGUGAUGAAAUGUCAGUUUAAUAGGCUAUGUGAAUGGUAUUGUGUUUCAUAUCAUGCUUAAGCGAAAUGUAACUUAUAACUGAGUGCGGGUGUAAUUAAGGCUCAGAAUUUCUCAGCGAUCUUAUUACAUAAAAAAAAUCUUUAAUUCGUCAUUUAAAAAUGACAAAUAACAAAUAUAUUAUUUAAAUAAGCAAAACCGAAUGGUUAAGUCGCACAAUGAUGUAUUCAAUUAGGACCAUAUCUGUGCCGAUAUUUCUUUUCUUGAUUUGCAGAAUUUCUAAAAUAAUAAAUGGAUUGAAUUUUUUAAUCUGAGUGCAAUGUUGUCUUAAUUAUUGUGCUGAUGUAUUUUGGGCAUAACGUCCAUAGUUUCCCACACUGAAAUUACAGACUCUUUGUUUUAGUGAAUAAAGUGACGGAAGGUACGGGGUGGACAGCACGUAUUCCUGGACAAUUAUUAAUUCAUCUUCGCCGUAUAAGUUGUGUGGGUGGUUUGGGGCUGCAGAGCUUCAGAGCACUAAAUGCGCGGGUAAUUAGUUAAUUAGAAAGCGCGGGAGGGGCUCGGAGCUCUCAGGUCAGCUCGGUCAGCCAAUCAGAGACGCUUUAGGAGCGCGAGCGCAUCCAAAAGUCUGAAGCUGCACCUGCGUUUAGCACUAACGCGCGUGAGAUCGCUUACAUCCGGACGAAUUAGGAAAGAGGAAGUAGGUCCUGGCGGAAAACACCGACAUGUUUGUCAGUUUAUUGCCUUAACAUUUAUUACAAUUUCGUUCGAGAUGAUUAGAUGAGCAGUUCUUCCGAGCAAAAAAUAAUAUAAGUUAGAAGCAGUAAAAUUAAAACAAGACCUGAAGUGCAGCACGCAGUUUUAAGUCGACAGGAUUUGUCAUGGAUAAGUCGAAGAACUUUCGGAUCGAUGCUCUGCUGGCGGGAGAGUCACCGCGGAGGAGAAGUCAGGACUCUGAUAUACUUGAUGUUGACGCCACUCUGUGCAAACGACCAGACAGCUCUCCUAUCCGGAGCAGUGCCAGUGCGCUCCAGCAGCAGGCAGGAAUCGUGCCCAAACCCGGUCUGCUAACCAUCCCUCAUCCGGGACUAAGCGCGUUAUCUCAGGGCUCGAUCGCAGGGAUGUACCCGGGCCCGGUGUGCUCUCUGAGUGCGCUGGGAGCGCAGCAUGCCGCAUUCCCGUAUCCCGCCUUCACUCCGCCGCAUCCCGAGCAGCUGAAGGCCGCCGCCGUGGCGGGACAUUUCCCCUUCGAGCAGUGGAUCCGCGCCGGCAUCAUGGUGCCCCGACUCGCUGAUUUUAACGGCUCUCCUCAGUCAGGCCUGAUGGGAAAGUGCCGUCGACCUCGAACUGCUUUCACUAGUCAGCAACUACUGGAGCUGGAAAACCAGUUCAAACUGAACAAGUACCUGUCACGACCCAAACGUUUUGAAGUAGCCACUUCGCUAAUGCUGACUGAAACACAGGUGAAAAUCUGGUUCCAAAACCGACGGAUGAAAUGGAAGCGCAGCCGCAAAGCCAAAGAGCAAGCAGCACAGCUGGAGGCUGAUGGCAAUCAGCAGGCCAAACGCUCCAGCAAACCUGGAGACCCUCGCCGCUGCAGCACACAGGACGAUGAUGAGGAGCUGGAAGCAGAGGAGGAAGAGGACGAAGAUGAAGGCUUUGGAGGUGCUCUAAAUGGCAGCGUGGUCCUGCCUCACUCCUCAGACUUUCUCCAGCACAGCUCCGAGUUGAGCUACAGCUCUCACAGCUCUUACUCAGACGACGACCUGGAAGAGAUUGGAGCAGACAGGAAGAUUGGAGUUGGGCUAUGAAUACAUGGUGUAAUUAUGAAUUAUUUACCCAUUGUGUAGUCCAAGAGCUUGCUGCAUCUAUAGCCUUCAUCAGAGACUUUGUACUUGCAAAGACUGAAGCCAUGCACCAAAAUCUCUAUCUCUUAUUUAUCUAUGUGACAGCCUUUAACUUAUAAACUGCUGUCUUGUCCCAAGUAGGAAUGUUUCUCUCUGUAAAACUGUCUUUGUCCUCUGUGUUCAGGUGAGCAUUUUGGGAUUUGCAACCCGUGUUUGAGUAGUAGAACCAAAAUGUCUACUGCAUGCAAUCCACAUCCUUACUUUUGUACAUGGAUCUGUACAUACACGUGAACAUGUGUAGCUAUGAACUACACUGCGCUCAAGGCGAAUGGAGGGUUACUGUGUGAUGCAAAGCUUUUGUUACACAGCAUUUUUCUCAGAAACCAUUGACUGAAUAACACAGCAGAACUUGUAAAUCCUCACCGAAUAUUGCGAAACAGGAGCAGAAAAUGGAGCAAUGUGUUAUUUAGUCAUUAGUCUUUGUCAUGUUUGUUAUUGGUGGUGUUGUCCUUAAUGGUAUUUAAGUACUAUAGAUUAUAUCUAAUUUAUUCACGGUAAACUGUACACAGUGAAAAUUCACAUGAAAGAAAAUGUCUCUGUUAAAUUAAAAGCAAAAAAAAUUAUAAAAUAAAUAAAUAAACUGUAAAAAUUAGACUGUAUUUACACUGUGGCUAUAAUUUGUUCUUAGAUAAACACUUCACCCUUGUGUUCAUAAGUGUGUGCAUUAUGUAUUGAAGUAUAAAUGUGUGUUUGGCAUAAGGAGCACAGCCCUGAUGAUUCAGUGCUGUAAAUGAUCAUGACUGUAAAGCAGCAGGCAAAGUUAUUUGUUCCU